AUGACGUCGCAACCCGAUCCCUACGCGCUGCUUGCGCAGCUGCAGCUCCUCGCCGCGGAUCCCAAAUCCUUCUUCGCCGACGAUGCCCAGAAACGCGCGUUCCAGACGCUGGCCCGCCAGGCCGCCGCCGCAGUCGAGGAGCCCUUCGAAACCAUGCAGCGCCUGGUGUACGGCCCGCUCCCGCUGGUGACGGCGCGCAUAGCACAGGACCGGGGCAUCUUCCGCGCGCUUGCGGACAGCGACGGCGGAGCACAGCUCGAUGAUAUCGCGAAAACCACGGGCCUGCCCGCGGGCGUCCUCGAGUCGCUCCUCGACUACCUCUGCACGCAGGACAUGGCCGCCGCCGCGCCCGGGGGCCUCUACACCGCCACGCCGCUGACCCACAUGCUGCUGGCGCCCCUCUUCGCCGACGCCGUCACCCACUUCCACGACAACUGCGCCCCCGCCUUCCUCGCCCUAAACCAGGUCCUCAGCACCCCCGGCGCCAACAAAACAGCCUUCCAAACAGGCCACCACACGCCCGACGACUUCUACACGUGGAUGGAAACGCACCCCGUGCAGCAAGGCGCGUUCCACCGGUUCAUGGAAGCCCAGUUUGCCAGUCUGCCGUCGUGGCUGGACGUUGUGCCGUUCGCGGAGGUGGUGGCGGGCGCGGGGGAGGAGGAGGUUGUGUUUGUUGAUGUGGGGGGCGGGAACGGAUCGCAGUGCGCGGCGCUGCGGCGCGCGGUGCCGGAGCUGCGCGGGCGGAUGAUUCUGCAGGAUCGCAAGGCGGUGCUGGGGAGUGCGCUUGAGGUGCCGGGGGUGGAGAAGAUGGAGCAUGAUUUUAUGAGGGAGCAGCCUGUGCGCGACGCACGCGCCUACUACCUCCGCCAGAUCCUGCACAACCACCCGGACGACACCUGCAUCCACAUUCUGCAGAUGCACCUCCCCGCGCUGCUGAACCCGGCGAGUCGUCUGUACAUCGACGACAAGGUGCUUCCGGAUGUGAAGGCCGGUGCCUCUGCUUCUGAUCCCCCUGGCCCCUCUGUCUCCAGCCCCUCUAGCUCAGGCAAUGGUACUGGCUUAAACUCUGCAUCUGCCUCCGCCUCUGCCUCCGCCUCCAGCACCGAAUACACCGCCGCCCUCAGCCUAGCGAUGAAAGCCAUGUUCGACGCGCAGGAGCGGCGCGAGUCCCACUGGCGCUGGCUGGUGGACCAGGCGGGGAUGGAGGUUGUGGAGAUACGGCGGUUUAGCGAGUUUUUUGAUAGUGUGAUUGUGUUGAAGAGGAGAGUCCAGGAUCAGUGGCGGUAG